GCGUAAAUACAAAUUGAGUAUCGGUAUACAGAUAAACUUUAAAUAAAAGCAAGGGCGGCUUUUUUUCCCUUGUAUUAGUGAGGAAAAAUGUUGCGUAUCGUUUUGAUCUGUAGUGUUGUGGGGUUAGCUUUAACCGGCCCUUCGGUGGUGAGGUCAAGGGAGGAGAUCGAAGCUUUCAGACAUUUUUUGGAGAGCACUAGGACUGACGAUGGUGCACAGUUCCUCGCUCGUACCCGCACCGCGCCGCUCGCCAACGCCGAGGAGAACAGCGGCAAGUACCAGGGCGACAUCGUCUUGGAUGACUUCAUGAUCGAGGGCAUGAUCAGGGAGUUCGCGGCCGGCAGAAACGCUUACACCUUCCCUAACUCCAGGUGGCCGAACAACACUGUUGUAUGGGAAUUCGGAGAAGGAGAAUUCGAACCUAUACACGAGGAAGCAAUCCUUGCAGGUAUUAAAGAUAUAGAGGAGAAUACGUGCGUGAAAUUCCGCAGACGUAAGCCUGAAGACCAGGUGUAUGUACACUUGACUGGUGGACCUGGUGGCUGCUAUGCCCACGUCGGCUACUGGGAGGAACGCGGCCCUCACAUCUUCAACUUGGCACUCAACGAGCCUGGUGUCGGCUGCUUCCGUCACGCCACCGUCGUCCACGAGUGGAUGCAUAUCCUCGGCUUCCUCCACAUGCAAUCGACUCACGACCGAGAUAAUUACGUCAAGAUUGUCCAGGAAAACCUUAGGCCAGGAACCGAGCACAAUUUCGACAUCUACAGUCCUGAUCUAGUGGACAACCUCGGCGUAGCGUACGACUACGUGAGCUGCUUGCACUACGGGCCGUUUGCAUUCAGCGUCAACGGUGAACCAACCAUAGUUGCCCUGCAGGAACACGAAGGCACCAUGGGACAACGAGUGUUCAUCACCGAAAAGGAUUGGACUCGUAUCAACAGGCAUUACGGAUGCGAAGGAGCCUGGGACUAGAAAAAGAUGGAUUUGUUUUUUUUUUAUAAAAACUGACUUUUAUGUGAAUAACAUUCUCUUUGGCGAAUUCGAUAAAUAAAUAACCAAAGUGGAUAGACUAACAAAUUUUCUUUUAUAUUAUUUAUACAAGCAUAUUAUUUUCCUUGCCAAGCUUUUUAAAGAUUACACUUCUGUACCAAAGUCUGACCGCGAAAGACUAUUACUGGGGCCACAUCAAAUACACAGAACACGAACCAUAAUAGAAUUCGAAUAGUUAAAUUCGAUUUAUUUUAUACGUCAAAUGUGUACUGAUUUUUAGGUCUUGUAACGUCCAUUGUGACGCCGCUGUUCAAUGGUUCGUGCUAGAGGUACGGUACCCUUAGCACGAACCACUAUCGAAUUCGAAAAGUUUACGAGUGCGAAAUGUCAAUGUCAAAUUUUGUAUGGAAAAUUGAACAGCAGCGCCACAAAAUACGUAAAGGGAACUAAAAAUCAGUAAACAUUUGACAAUGACGUUUCGGACUCGCAAACGUUACGAAUUCGAUAAUGGUUCGUGCUUAAGGGUACCGCGCGUUCCCUGUCAAACUGUAAAAUGAAACUGGGCAGACAGGUGGUGAGUAUCAUGGCCACAUACAUCGUCGUGAAUUUUAUCGCAAAGACGCACCGCGAUAAAAUUUGGACAAAGUGGUCGCAAUAAAUUUAGGUACUACAUAUGUCACAUACAAAAUACACCCUACUACACACACAUCUUGAACACAAACCAAAGACAAAGAAACCUGCACAGCAGCAAUAAAAUAGUCUACUGCGUAAAUUAAAUGUUUGAUCAAAUGCUAUCACAUUUUUAUAAACGUAAUAUUCUUCACUGUUAACUGGUUUCACAAGGGGUAACUCAGGGACCGAUACCAGUGGCUCAUAAAAGAAUUUUUUGUCGGAUGGGAAACUCAUGUAACGCUCUAGGUUUGUUUUAUAAUGUCCAAAGCUUUUGAUUGCGCUUUUUAUGAAACUGAUAUGGAAAUGUACAUACCAAGUAAGGUCUUAUUUCUUCAUAUUUGAGGGAUAGGGUUCAGCGCGUUGACAUCAAUAAAAAAAAAC